UCGCCAUGUGGAAGUAUCUUCUCGGUUGCCUCGCCCUGUUCGCCGCCGCCACCAGUUGUCUGGGACUUGUCGCGCCGGAGUCCCUGCUGGAGGAGAGCAGCUUGGAGGCGGAGCUGGAUCGUCGGACGAGGCAGCAGCAGAUCGUCCAGGAGGUGAUUGUGGAGAAUAAUUUCGGUGGUCCCGGAUUUGGCGGUCCUGGCUUCGGUGGUCCUGGCUUCGGUGGUCCUGGCUUCAGAGGUCCUGGAUUUGGAGGUCCUGGUUUCGGGGGUCCUGGCUUCGGGGGUCCUGGUUUUGGGGGUCCUGGCUUCGGAGGUCCUGGCUUUGGGGGUCCUGGUUUCGGGCGAGGCAAAUUUGGAUUCGCCCGCAGCUAUGACGAGGAAGAAGAGCCGGCGGCGCAAUAUGGGACAUCUAGCGGAAUUCCAGCGCCACCCUGUCCCAACACCUACUUGUUCUCCUGCGGAGCUGUCAUCACUCCGGUUCCCUGCGGUUCCAGCGGUUCCAGUCCGUGCGGUGGCUAUUAGGACAGUCAAUUUGUAAAAUAAAACAAUAAACAUAAUGAAAUUAAAUUUUAAUCAAGGA